CUACAGAUCGCUGUCCACACGGAUCUGGGCGUCACUGUUGUUCCAGUCGGUGAUCUUUGGCCUAAUACUAACCCUAUCAGCGAUGGACACUAGCCGUUGGCCUGAAGUAUACUUCUGGCUGAUAAUGGGCGGCGCGUUUGUGGCCAACAUUGCGAACGGCAUAUUUCAAAGCUGUGUUUACGGAAUUGCGGCCAAACUGCCCGUGCGAUACACCAACGGCGUGACCAUUGGCUUCAAUCUGAGCGGUGUUAUCGCCGCCGUGUUUAUGAUAGUGUCCAUAUCGGUGUCCCAGAAUGACCGCGUUGUGGCCAUCUAUCUGUUUUCAUUCGCCAUCGCGUAUCAGAUGUUGUGUUUUUUGGUUGAAAUGCUUGUCCGACGAAAUAAAUUUUACCAAUAUUAUAUGAUUAAUUACGGCGAUGGUCAGCUGACAAACAACGAUGUUGAAAUAAUAAAGGGCUGUAAUGACAUCGAUAAAACAUCUAAAACAGGAGUAGACAUGUAUUUAUACGUUUUCUGUAAAAUCUGGCUAUUAUUGGUCAAUAUAAUCGUCACGUAUUUCAUCACGUAUUCACUAUUCCCGUCACUUCAGGCAAACAUCAAACCCGUCGGCCGUAUAAUCGCCGACAAGUACUUUAGUCCCAUAUUUUGUUUCCUAUUAUUUCCCGUUUUCAACACCAUUGGCAACUAUUUGGCCGAAGUGUCGGCCAAACCAUCGGAAACACUAUUAACCGUAUUGUCUCUCUUAAGGCUAUCAUUCAUACCGUUUUUUCUGCUCUGCAAUUACUAUCCGUACGAUCGACACAUGUCUGUACUCGUGGCCAACGACUGGGUUUACAUCGCGGGUGCGAUAUCUAUGGCAGUCACCUCCGGAUACCUGUCUAGCAUUUGUAUAAUGUACUGUCCGGUAGGGGUUGAGCCCCGGUAUGCGAGUUUGGCCGGAAUGAUGGCCUCGUUUUCAAUACUCUUUGGCAUAUUAUUAGGCUUUACUUUUUCAUUAUGCUAUCCGUUGAUACUUAGGAUU